CUACUCGACGAGACGAGCAUUGACAGUGGGUGAGUGCUGUGAAUGUCCGCCCAUUCUUCUCACCUCCGACGCAUCGCACAUCAGGAGGAGCAGGAAGGUCUGGCCGCCGACGAAACAGGGGGUCACAAACAGAUAGUUCAGAAAAGGAAAACCUGCAGCCGCACACACACACACACACACACACAGACAGACAGACAGACAGACAGAAAGACAGACAGAGAAAGAGAGCGAUAGAGAGAUGAACAAACCACAGCCACGGAUGAAACCAGCCGUUUGGGUGUGGCUGUGGCCACUCACCCCCUUUGCCCUGCUGUGUGAUGGAAACCAGCACCGGCUUCACAUCUGGGGAGAACAGCACCUUCCCGCCGCUCAGGUCUUCAGUAGACCGUCGCCUCAUCAAGUCGUGCGGCUUCUCACUCAUCAGCCGGUUGGUGGUCGACAGGGCGUCUCUGUAUCUCUCCACUGUCUCUUCAAUGAGACUCAU